UAUUCGAUACAUCGAUAUUAUAACUAGUACCUGCGCAUCUCUAACUUUCUAUUUCCGUGCUUAAAUAAUUGUAAAUAUUUACGCAAAAUUGCACUCAAAAAGCCUCGAAAAUUAAGACAAAUGAGGCAAUAAAGUGUAUGUUUGUUUCCCAUGUACUUGUUCACAGCAAAAACCGCGAUUAAUGCACAAAAGUCAAGCUGCAAGGACGCGAAUCUAAUCCGCAAAUCUGCGGAAGUGUUGGUACAAGCACUUAAUUGUAUUUGUAAUUGUAAUUGCCCAAGUGCCAAAAAAGCGCUGCAAAUGCUGCAAGCGUAGGAGCCUACAUAAAAAGGGCUGAAAUAAUACAAUGGGCGUGGUGAGACGAUGCAUGGAGAGCGAAAAGCAGCGAAGACGAUGACGACGAUCAAAUAAAAAUUCAUCAGCUUUUAAUAUUGACGAAAAAACAACAUUACAAAUACUCACCACUCACACAGUCGGAAAGAAGCACAAAGAGAUAACAAAGUACCAAUACCAACUGAUGCCAAACGAAACGCACACGGAGCAGUUAUCAGCGGAAGAGUGCCUUUAGAAUCCAAAAAAUCGCCCACAAACCAAGGCAAAAACGAUGUGGCUGCGCCAGAGCAGCGGCGGGGGCGUCGCAUCAGCCGGACAUGGCGGACCACUGCGGCAGCGUCCCAUCGAUGCCGCCACGGACUGUGAUCCACGCGCCUGCUACGACAGCUUCUGCAAGCACUGGCAGCAAGCCUUUGACAUCAUCCAGCACAGCGCUCCACCCUCGCACGAUGACGUUCUGGGUGUGGUUUCCCACUUGGACUACAUGGUUACCCUGCUAUUGGUGGAGCUUCAUCACUGCAACAAAGUCUCGCUGCCGGCAGCCGAGGCCAGUGGUCCGCCUGCAGCGCCUUGCCUGGAGUUCCUGCUCAGCGAGAAUCUGCUGGACAAGCUGUACGAGUGGGCCUGCACCACGGGACGCUAUUCUAACGCUGUAAGACUAGAGCAGCUAAAGCUAUACGAGCUGCUUGUGAGCCACUCGCGCCACCAGCUGCUUUGCCACGAGCCCUUUCUACGACCGCUGCUCAAGAUACUGGCUUCCAGUCAGGGCGAGAUCUUUCCGCCCGAUCUGGAGAAGCGUCUCGUUAUCCUGCUAAACCAGCUGUGCGUUGUUCUCAUGCAGAAUGUUCACCUGCUGGACUUGUUCUUCUUUUCCGCCCAGUCGCAAGUGCAGGAGCAGAUAUUAAAUGGCAACGUAGCGCCUCCCAAAAGUGGAACCACAACGAAUUUUAUCAUAUUUUCGCUGCUCAUCCCAUACGUGCACCGUGAGGGCAGUCUUGGCCACCAGGCCCGCGAUGCCCUGCUUCUGUGCAUGGCCCUCUCGCAGAAGAACUCAAACAUUGGCACCUACAUUGCCCAGUACUCAUCGAUCUGCCCCCUGCUGGUGACAGGUCUGGGUGGUCUCUAUUCACGACUACCCAACAGCAUCGAGAUCAGCUCCAUCGACUGGCACCGCAUCACGCCGGACGAUGUGACCGAAAUCCCGGAGCUGACGCUCUUCAUGAACGCCCUCGAGUUCUGCAAUGCGGUGGUGCAGGUGGCCCACGAGAUGAUCAAGCAACAGCUGCUGGAUUUCAUGUACCAGGGCUUCAUUGUGCCCGUGCUGGGACCCGCGAUCCUGCAGACGAACGUCGACUCGCAAAUCUCGGCCAUGUCGUACCUGGACCUGAUCCUACGAUCCAUCACGGAACCGGGAUUGCUGAGGGCCUUCGUUCGCUUUUUGCUCGACACGGAGAAGUUUGAUGGAGAACGGAUACUGGAUGCUCUGGUCGAGCGCCUGAACUCGCCCGAUGCUAAUCUCUGCAUGGUAACGUUGGCCCUAUUUGAUACCUUGCUAGGUCUGCACUGCGAGGACCUGAUGUUGGAGCUGCUGCUCAAGUUUAUGCUGCCGGGAAAGCAUGUGCCCAUCUCGCAUCGCCACAAGAUCAACAAAAUAGAUCCGUAUCUGAACAGCAGUGAGUUCUUCCUUGAUCUCUCGCCCGAUGUGAUGAAGAGGGCCAGGGAUCUGGCAAGACCCAAGAGCGUCCACGAACCGGUGGUCGGAGAUCUAACGCCGCUGCCCAGCCUCCCAUCACCGGUCAUGAGCAAGACGAUCGGAGCCAACUGGAACUAUUACGGAGUGCACACGGGCGACAGCUUGUAUGCGAACAUCCAGGCGUAUCUCUUCGAGGCCCACUGGAGAAUCGCCCAGUGCCAGAGGGAUUGCCUCAAGUGGGCGAACAGUUAUCGCUAUCAAAAGUGGCCUCGUCACGGCCAGGGAAGAGUUCACGCCCACGCCUUGGAGCUGGCCAAGCAGUUCUUUACCGAGUUCGGAGGAGGAGCUAUUGUUGCCGGUGAAAUGGGAGAGAAACAACUGGACAGCUUGCAGUCAAUCGGCGAGUCCAGCGGCUACGAGUCCUUUAAGUGGCGCCCCGCGGACGAGGAGAGCGAGGCCACCGACACAACUAUGGCCACCACAGCCAGCGAGGCAGACUUGGACCACAACGGCAGCAGCAUCAGCAGCGUGCUGUGUGGAUCCGGCAAACGAGAGGCCUGGCGCAUAUCGCACAACAAUCGCAACGAGUUACUGCUGACAGAUCUGGACUUUUCCGAGGAUUUGUUUGCGCAGGGCACCGUAAGCUUAGGUCCCUUUCUUAAUGCCAUCUGGGGCAAACUGCAAACCUUCACAAGCAACUCACUGUAUGUCAAUCUCCACCUGACCGGGCUUAUCACGCGCCUGGCCUGGUAUCCCCUGCCACUGAUCCACUCGCUGUUGCUGCGCUCCGACAUCGCCAUCACCUCGGACACGCCCUCGUUUCAUCAGGUGCUACGCAUACUCAAGCAGCAGAUUGACGCCGAGCUGCCAGUGACGGAGGAUUCGCUGGAGAUCAUUGAUGUGGCGCGAUCAUCGUUGAUUGAUCGGGAGUUCCGUCUGGCGAACGCGCGGAAGGGCAACGAGGGUUCGCCAAUGCAUCACAACACACACCAGCAGGUGGCAUCGAAUUCCGGUCAACAACAGGGCCAACUGAGAUCGGCCUACGCGACUCUUUCGGCUGCCACGCCUGUGCAGGCGACGCCGACCAGUGCCUACGAUCCGUUUAAGCGCAGUGACAACAAGAGGCGGAGCAUUAGCAAGUCCAUUACCAGCAUGUUUAGCAGGAAGUCAGCCACCUCAUCGAUUGCGCCUCAAAAUGGCUCUUCCGCUUCAUCUGGCUUAUCACAAAUUUACGCAUUCUUCACCGGAGCUGCUUCGAAUCUGGUGGGGAACAGUACAAGUGUCGAGGGAAGAGGAUAUUCCCAAGGGCAGACAGCCGGAGGAACAUGCGAGACCAGCCUGAGUACGCAACCACAAUCGGGAGUAUCGCGCACUGGAGCCACAACCGCGGCGACUACGACUGCAGGCAGCAGCACCAACAGCAGCAUCGGCGGUUCCACCCAAACCCUGUCCGCGCAAUCGAGCACCACCACCCACUCGACGAGCACGCUGCACGGCAUGGAUCAACAAACAGGUGGAUUCAACUCGGAACCAGUGUCCCUUGAUUCGGUGGCGUCCAUGGGAAUCAUUGCGAGUACGAGUGGCACCGAGCGAUCACGGGACCUGGCCCUCUGCGCCGUUCUCCUGGAUGAGUGGCUUAAGGAGCUGGCGGCCAUUGCGCAGGAGCAGAGCGUUGUGCUGGUCACGGAGCCGGGGCCUUUAUGAUCGCUUAGAAUAGCUGCUGAACAAGUCUUGUGUAUACUUUUUUUACGGAUUCGUUGUCCCUUGUUUGUUUUAACCAGCUACUCUUACGAAAUUAUUUCUUUUUACCUGUUAAAUUAUACAUAUUUAUAUUUUAAAGAACCUUUUUAACGAACAAUGCCGCAGUUUUGAACAGAUUUACAGAUUAAUGCACACGGACUCAAACAAAAAACACCCAAACACGCGUUAUCCAAGUUAGAGUUUAGGUUUAAAGUUGUAGGUGGAUAGGACGGUGGAUUUUAAGUGUUCAGAUGUAAACAAAUAUUCUAAUUAACAGCCGUAUGCAAAAUUUACAACCUUUUUAGAGAGAAUUAUAUAUAACACACAUACCAUGUAUACAUAUGUAUUUUUGCAAUAUAUUUUAUGCUUUUAUGUACAUACAUAUGCAAGAUCAAAUUACACAAGUUAUGUAAAGCCGACUUGAAAGUAUUAAAUUGGUCCAAGUAAAUGCACAGCCAAAAAAAAAAAA